GCCUUUUUCGUCAAAAUACCGGAGAGUUUAGGAUACCAGAAAGAAGAAUCUACCUGGUUUGAUGGAAGUGCAAUAUUCAACACCCUGAAGCCUCAAAUCUGGCAGAGUCUUGCCAAUAACUACCAGAUUGAAUUGCAAGCAGUGGCUCUAUCUACACCCACACCCAACCUGUUGUACUGACAUGCACCAACCUUUAGUCGUGGAUUGCACUAUCCCACAACCGACCGCCAACCAUUCGGAUGCCUCAGUUCGAACCCUUACAUCUUCGCCGACCAACCUCAGCCCGGACAGCCUGUUCUCCUACAAUCACACCAGCCCACCGAGCUCCACAGACUCGUCACACAUUUCAGAGAAAUGUCUCGAAAGCUUAUCCCCAGAACUUCGUGGCUACAUUCAACAACCACCUCUGAUAAUUGGUGACCGAGUCCUUGUCGGUCGAGCAAAGCGUCGCGGCACGAUUGCUUACAUCGGACCGACACAUUUUGCGGCCGGAAAUUGGGCAGGUGUGGUUUUGGACACCGACAAAGGACGCCACGACGGCGCGACACAUGGUCUACGCUACUUCUCGUGUCCCCCAAAACGUGGUCUUUUUUGUCCCUUGGAUGCACUUGAAAGAAUAAAAAAUGACACUUCACCCCCGAGUGCACGAAUUCGAGCAAGGAACAAUACACCACCAUCAGUCCCGCAGGCCACUGGACCGGAUAGCAGAAGAUUUAGUCUCGUGAUAUCCAGUGGACUUGUGCGUAGUAAAUCCGCCAAAUUUGAUUGCCGAAAAUUUCAAUCUAUCAUUGGCACCAUUAGUCCUGCAACAUCUGCUCCAACCACUGGUUCAAAGCUGCAGAGGAGCAAGUCAGACAGAUUUACCUGGAAACGACCGGAGUGGUUACCACCAGGAAGUCACGAUGUCAGAAGUAGUGGUCUGACACCCGACAAAGAAAAACUUUCAAAGCUCAGUCGAAGCAAAACACUACCAGGUCUCAACAAAUCUCAAAGUCCACAACGCAGCAAACUGGAAGCUACCUUGCGAAAAUCGAACUCACUUUUUCGACCGAGUUUCCCAAAACCACUUCCCUACCACAGCAACACAAAGCCACAAUUCUCAAAAAGCCUUACUGUGUUAGACAAGCGGGCUAGUCGCAGGUCCUAUGCCCCAUCGUGCGCCAGUAUGCCAUCCCGGCCCGAGCUUCGGAGGCGAGUAUGGUCGGAGAGCAGCAAGAAAACCAGUAGCCUUCCAGAUGUCACCACGUCACAGCAGAAAUACAAUGCCCUCCUCAAAGCUUUUGCAGCAUUGACCAUGUGUGAAUCUAAAGCCGAGUCUUUGAGAAAGUCACUGAUUUCAUCAAUGAGUAAAGAUGACAGCAACUUUCAGGUGGAUUGCAUCGUCAGUUGCGCACAGGACCGAUUGAUGGAAUUACAGAACCAACUACUUGAGGUGUACCAUGCACGAAAUAAAGUGGCUGAAGAACUGGAAAACACCAAGAAAUUGUAUGAACAACUUCGAUACGCUUGCGAAUUAAGGAAGUCCGGUCACAUCCCUUGUUCCAAAACAGGGUUUUUCAAUGAAUCACGACUCGGGCAGCUGCGGUCCCGAAUGGCAGAAGAAUUUCAACGCACGAAACGCCUUUGGACUGAAAUGAAGAAACUUCAUCAGCGGAUACAAUCGUCAAACAUUUCUGUUCCAAACAGUAUCAGUCCGCAUACCACAGCUGAGUCCACAGUUGCUUUGGCUGAUCGAAAUUCCGUCCUGCCCGAGGGGGAUACAGAAGACGACGAAGCGAAAGUACGAGAGAUGAGUGAAUUCCCAGAUUUCAAACUUAGAUCUCCAACACCCGUCCUCACGGAAUAUCAGCUUCGAAAACUGAAGAUGACUUCCAUUCAGCAGAAUCACUACAUGGCACUACUGGGAAAAAUAAAAGUUUGCCGGAGUGUUAUUCAUCAGAAUCUGGAUGCCCUUUUCAAGGAACAGGAUGAAAUUGACGGACUUGUACAUCGACCCACGCUGCUACUUGCAGUGUACGAACAGCAAGCUGCACGGGUGAAUCAGACCCAAAGCUCCAACCAUCGACUGGCUACGGAACUGAGUGUCAUCCGAGCUGAAAUUGCUCACCUCUCCAGCCGUCCCGUAAAAGAAGCUCACAUGCUUGUCGAAAAAUUUCGGACAGCUGAAAGUGCUUCAAAGAACUCGAAACUGCACAUUGACUUCCUCGGAAAAGUGCUGCAGCGGCUGAAGGAAGAUAUCAACGCCUGGAAGGUUAAAGUUUCCGUGAAAGAGCAGCGACAGACCAUACUUAUGCGAGUGAACCUCCGUAUUCAUCAGCUUACACAGUUCGAAUGCAAAGCGCACAGUUUGGAACUUGAACAAACACAACUAGUUGAAAGCAAACAACGUGAGCUGAAAAGUUUAAUGGACGAAUUUGAUUUUAUGUCCCGGGUCUGGGCCAAUGAACGUCAGCUACAGCUGAAGACAAACUACCAGCUGAAAGAAAAACUCACCAAUCUUACUGAUAUGCAUUCGGUGUCAAAAAGAAACGGGCAAGAGUGGUCUGCAGAGAAUCUGUGUUACGGAUUAGAAGGGGAUUCCGCAAUGACAUAUGAACUAUUCAGUGUCUUAUGCAAAGAAAUACGACGACUUCAAACCCGGUCAGCCAGUUUAAUUGAUGCCCUUGACACGCUGUCUUCCGGAGGCUGCAGCCCAACCACACUCGAAAGCAUCCGUGUCUUGGUUCACCGAACCAACAAUCCAAAGAGCGUCAAAAAGUCGCCGGCAUUCCUCCGGCGUGAAAUAAACCUUGAUAUUUCAUCAUCUGCUCCACAUCUGGAUUUCACACCUCCGAAGUCAGUUGUAGUUCCCAGACCAGUAUUCCGUCACGUACCAACCACAUCUUCAGGAGGUAGUGAAAAAGUUAUGAAACCUCAUCCUGUAUGCAUCGAUAGUCGUGAUCAUUCAUCCUCCACUUACUUCUGUCCGAAUGGCAAUCGUCAAACGAAGUCUCAGUCAAGCGAGAGAGACAUUCGACCCACAUGUCCAGUACGUCAACUCAAUAGAACUUCUUCCCCGGCUUUUGGAACGCAUUUACGUCGACGUCCGAUGUCUCUCUACAUCCGGCGGUCUUUUGAGCCCGUAUUAGAAGGCAGCAUUCCGGAAGCAGACGAAGAACAAGAGAAAGAAGAAUUUAUUUAGGACGCAAACCUAUUCCGCUCUUUUUAUGUCCAAAGGCUGUGCAGUAUUUG